AGCUAGCAUAGACCACAUCAGUACCGGUAUGGAAUAUCCCUCUUGGAAUCAAUCGAAGUUUCAUAAAAUGCAAACAGAGACAUUGCAAACAGCAAUAAUACAACCGCUCCUUCCGAUCACUACUAGCCCGUAAUAGCCAACCAGCCAAGCAAGCAACAUGUGCCGUGAAAACAAGAUCGCCGUUGCCGUCAGCCCCACCACCAGCUCGCUCCGUCCCAAUCGACCACGCACCAGCAGUUCGUCCGACAGUACAACGUCCUCUUCAUCUAGCAGUCAUACCAGUAGCAGUACCAGUACCAGUACCGGCACCGGUACUAGGAGGAAGAGCCGUCGUUCGAGGCAAUCCAGUAGUGUGAUGGAAGACUUUCAAGUCAAGGUGCAUGCACGCAGGCAUCUAGAAGAACGCUCCCGAGAAAUGGGAUUUCUGUGUCCUCAAAUGUAUCUCGUCGUAAAGCCUACCAAGGGAUCCUCCAGGACCAGUGCUGGAAGGAGGAAAGCUACCCAGCAAUUCUAAGCUUGCUGCGCUCGAAGCAACUGAUAAACGUCAAGGAGAGGAGACGGGCGGAAGAAACAACCACUGCGGGCAGCGGGAAGGCACAGCGAGCAGUAGCCGUUGCUUCCUGCUCUGUACAGCUGGCUAGGCUCAGUCAGCCAAGCUUGCUUGCUUGUACCACGUGUCAUACGCACAGAAUAAGAAACUUGUAUAGAGAGAAUAUUUUCAAUUAUUGCUGUUCACUGAAACCCACAACAAUCAUGUGUGCGCGACAACAACUACAACAACCCCU